AUGACUGGGAAAUCGGAGGACGUGAAAAAGUUUGAAAUCGUGAAAAAAGAAAAGAAAAAGGUGAAGAAAGUGGAAACAAGAAAGAAAGAAGAAUCAAAGAGUCCUGAAAAGGAAAGGAGAAAAGAAGAGGAAAAGGUGAAGAAAGUGGAGACAAGAAAGAAAGAAGAAUCAAAGAGUCCUGAAAAGGAAAGGAGAAAAGAAGAGGAAAAGGUGAAGAAAGUGGAAACAGGAAAGAAAGAAGAAUCAAAGAGUCCUGAAAAGGAAAGGAGAAAAGAAGAGGAAAAGGUGAAGAAAGUGGAGACAAGAAAGAAAGAAGAAUCGAAGAGUUCUGAAAAGGAAAGGAAAAAAGAAAAGAAAAAGAAGAGUAAAGAAGUAGAAGAUGAUGAAGUUCUUACACUAGAACUAGUUGAGGAAUUGGGAGGUGACGAAGAUGAUUUAAAGCUUCUUGAAAAGGUAGGGGAAAUUUUACAGAAUUAUAGUUUUCGAACCGCGUGA